AUGGACAUAAUUAACGUUCUCCCGUCGCCACCUCAGUUUUUCAGACUCUUCCUUACCCUUGCUCUGUCGUUGUUUAAUUCGACAAUCAACGCAAGGCACCGCAAAACUCUCGCUGGCCACUCACCUGCGGCGUUCGACGUUGAUUCCAGAACAGGUUUCUUUCCUCGACAGCCACUCCCGAAAUUACCUCACACAUUUGACAUAUGGGAAGACGCGCUGCGCAACGCCGACGGUAAUCUCAGCCUUGGUGAAGACGAAUCAGAGACCGCCCUGGCAAAACGCGAAUUUGGGGCACGAUGGAGAGAGACGAUUCAGUCGUUGCCUGUUCUCGAUACUUCGGUUCUACACACUAACCUCCGCCUCUCCCAACGAGCACAUUAUGUACUUGCAUGGCUCGUUAAUUUAUACGUGCAUUCGAUACCGUCAUCAAGCGACGACUCUGAUCCCGUGCACGUACCAAAGUCCCUUGCUUUGCCUCUGGUACAGGUAUCCCGUCACCUUGGCUGUGCCCCCGUCCUCACAUUCGCAGACACCGUUCUUUGGAACUGGGAACUGAUUGACCCAGACCAGCCCCUGUCCAUCGACAAUAUGCAAUUUGUCAAUUUAUUCUCAGGAACGGAGGAUGAGAAAAGUUUCUAUCAGGCGUCAGCAAAGGCCGAAUUGCGCGGAGUUGAGCUGUUACGGAUCAUCGAUGACUAUAAUAGUCUUCCCAACAUAACUGACUUGACGUCUAUAUCGAAGGUUUCAAGAGACCUCGGUCGCCUUGUUGGGAUAAUCGAUGACAUCAGCGAGAUUAUCCAAUCCAUACGUCCACUUUGUGACCCACACGUCUUUUAUUGGGACAUUCGUCCGUGGUUCGAGGGAAGUGAUGCAAAGGGACCCGGAGGCCCUCGAUGGAUCUACGAAGGAGUGGAUGACUUCGAGAAACUUGACCUCAGCGGACCUUCCGCUGGACAAAGCAGUGUCAUGCAUGCCUUGGAUAUUUUUCUAGAUGUCGAUCACAAACUCCGGCAACGGCGAUACCCAGCUCCAUCAUCGGAGAACAAGCGCGCCGAUCAUGGAUUUAUGGAAAGGAUGCGCCGAUACAUGCCCGGAAAACAUCGCGAGUAUCUCUCCAGCCUCGCUGCUACUCCUCGACCGAUACGACAACUGGCCCAAUCAACGCCCACACUACGCGAACCAUACGAUAACGCCGUACUGGCGUUGAAGCGGCUUCGGGACAACCAUAUCCGCAUCGCCUGCCUCUAUGUUGUGACGAUGUCGCGGACGGAGCCAGGAGCAAGAGGUGGAUGCCCUGCUAGUGCCAUGAUCGAUCGGCUGCGUGAGAGCAGACUAUCGGGAAGGGGACCUGUCCGCGGUACAGGCGGCAACGAGUUGUCGCUACUCCUGAAGGCCGGUCGCGACGCAACACGACGUGCACUUCUAAAGGACAAUUAA